AUUCUGUAACAAGCAUUACCCGUCCUUAGUUCCUCCACGUGUCAUUGAUAGAUCCCGCUCAAGAGGGCCCUAAAUCAAGACCCCCCAUUGCACCCAAUAUCAUCCACAAUUAUCGUAGAACAGUGAGCAGCACCAAGAGUUCUCAAAAUGGAGGGUCCCCUUCUUCACACCCUCGAGCCUUCGCGCCUAACGGUCUUCAACCGUGUGUUCGCCGCCGUUUACACAUGCGCCGUCGUCGCCUUGCUCUGUCACCGAGCAUCCAAACUCAUCCACUCCACCGCCGCCACCUUACCCUCCAUCUCCAUCUCCCUCUCCAUGCUAAUCUCCGAUCUUCUUCUCGCUUUCAUGUGGGCUGCCACACAGGCUUUUCGCAUGCGCCCUAUCCAUCGUAAGGAGUUCCCCGACAACCUCAUAAAGACGGUGAAAGAGUCGGAUUUCCCUGCACUUGACGUCUUCAUAUGCACCACCGACCCCCACAAGGAGCCGCCCAUGAGCGUGGCAAACACGGCCUUGUCGGUGAUGGCGUAUGAUUAUCCGGCGGUGAAGAUCUCCAUCUACGUGUCAGACGAUGGGGGCUCGCAGCUUACUCUCUUUGCUUUCAUGGAGGCUGCUAAGUUCGCAACCCACUGGUUGCCAUUUUGUAGAAAGAACAACGUGGUAGAGCGGAGCCCAGAAGCGUAUUUUGCUUCGAGUAAUUCUUGGAGCGCUGAGAUGGAGGCUGAGAAGAUUAAGACAAUGUAUGACAGCAUGAAAAUCAGGGUAGAAAAUGUUGUGGAAAGAGGGAAAGUUGGGGAUGAGUACCUCACCAGAGAAGAGAGCAAAGCCUUUCUCAAAUGGACUCAUGGAUCCACACGCCAAAGUCAUCCCACUAUUAUUCAGGUUUUGUUAGAGAAUAGCAAAGACAAAGAUAUCACUGGCCUUUUGAUGCCGAACCUCAUCUAUGUCUCAAGAGAGAAAAGCAAGACUUCACCCCACCAUUUUAAAGCCGGUGCACUUAAUGUUCUGCUCCGAGUCUCAGCUGUCAUGACCAAUGCUCCAAUUAUCCUCACUCUAGAUUGUGACAUGUACUCCAAUGAUCCAUAUACGCCUCUCCGUGUGCUAUGUUACCUACUCGACCCUCAAGCUCGGUCCAAAUUAGGAUAUAUUCAAUUUCCUCAAUGCUUUAAGGGAAUUAACAAGACUGACACCUAUGCUUGUGAGUUUAAACGUCUAUAUCAAAUCUAUUCGGUGGGCUUUGAUGGACUAGGAGGGGCUAACUAUGUCGGAACUGGGUGCUUUUUUAACCGACGAGUGUUUUUUGGAUGUCCCUUAACAUUGUUGUUACCAGAAAUCCCCGAAUUGGGACCGAACCAUAUUGUAAACAAACCCAUCCAGUCCCAACCAAUUAUGGAAUUGUCACAAAAGGUGGCUGCUUGCAAUUAUGAGAACCAGACCAAAUGGGGUUCUGAGAUGGGUUUCAGAUAUGGAUCAUUAGUUGAGGACUACUUCACAGGUUAUCGGCUGCAAUGUGAGGGAUGGAAGUCGAUAUUCUGCAACCCUGAGAGGGCAGCAUUUUUGGGUGAUGCACCCAUUACCCUUGUUGAUGUGCUAAAUCAGCAAAAGCGAUGGGCCGUGGGCCUACUUCAGGUGGUUUUCUCUAAGUUCAGCCCACUAACCUUCGGCAUCAAGCACAUGGGCCUUCUCAUGGGCCUUGCUUAUGCCCAGAAUGGGCUGUGGGCCAUUUGGUCGAUCCCAACCACCAUAUACGCCUUCCUUCCUCAGCUUGCUCUGCUCAAUGGAAUUAACGUAUUCCCAACGGUAUCAGAGCCAUGGUUUGUAUUGUACGUGUUUCUCUUCUUAGGCGCGUACGGACAAGAUUUCCUCGACUUCAUGUUAUACAAUGGAACCGUCCAAAGAUGGUGGAAUGAUCAGAGAAUAUGGAUGAUAAAAGGACUCACAUGUCACCUCUUUGGAUUCACCGACUUCUUGCUCAAUUCGAUAGGCAUUUUUUCAACACAUGGUUUCAAUCUGACAAGCAAAGUGGUUGACGAUGAUGAUGAUCAAAACAAAAGGUACGAGGAAGGGGUGUUUGAGUUUGGAGUUCCAUCACCCAUGUUUGUGCCGCUGACAACUGCAGCAAUCAUCAACUUGGUGUCGUUUGUGUGGGGGCUCAUGCUGGUUUUCAGAGGCAGCAAAUUGGAGGGACUGUUUCUGCAGAUGUUUAUAGCUGGUUUUGUGGUGGUGAACUCCAGGCCAAUUUAUGCAGCCAUGGUGUUGAGAAGUGAUGAAGGAAGGAUGCCGGUUAGGGUUACCAUAAUCUCAACAAUUCUGGCAUGUGGUCUUGUUGUUGCAGCUUCUCUUACUCUUAGGGUUUGAAAUUAUCUUCUCUCGAGUAAUGCUAUGUUGGAAAUAUUAGAUUUAGUGCAACAACAACAUGAUUCCGUAGCGGAAAAUAAAAAUUGUCUAACCAAGAUUGAACUUUAUGAUAUGUGAAGAAAAAUGUUAUUUAAAAAAAAAAGGUGGAGGGAGGAGGAGGAGAAUAUAAUAUUUAUUCCGCUGCGUUA